AUGGGGGCCGAAGGUAAUAAUCCAACCCGUCAGGUGCAGCGGGUGCACGACGCCAGCUUAGGCAGUCGGUACAGCCCAGACAUCUUUGCAGCUUUGCACUUCUCGAAACCCCAGUGGAGCCCCCUCUUGCAGCAACAGCAGCAGCUGCUGCUGCACGCUGAACGUCCCCUGCCCGAGGUGUUCUGUAGCCGGCGUUGGCUGGGCAACAAGGACCUUUGCUGGCAGCAGCAGCAAAUCAAUCACCUGCUGCUGGAGGAGCGCAUGCAGCUGCUGAAGGACAGUCAACUCAUGAAUAACUCUCUCCUUGCUGCGUACACCUACGAGCAAUGCGCCCAGCGCCACCUAACGCCUCUGGCAAUACUAACAACUUCUGGAGCUGAACAAGCACCAAACGCGAGAGAAAACCACCCAGGUCCAGCAGCAGCUGAAGAGACAGGUCGGACGAAAGAAGCACCUCUAGCAUCCGAAGCGCUUGCGGCAACAACACCAGCAGCAGUGCCUGCUGCUGCCAACGAGCAGCUUCCAGAUGUUCUACAUUCUACUGCAGACUGCAGCAAAGCCACCACCUGCUGUAUCGACAUCAAAGAGUGCAGCAGCAACAGCGGCAGCAGAAACAGCUGCAGCAGGGGUAGCAGUACCAGCAACAACGCAGUGCAUCUGAUUUAUCAAAGACGAGCGCGGUUGUUUGCUCGGAAUGAGAUUUUGACCGCACAGGAGGUGUAUGCAGCAGUGAGGUGCAUAACUGACCCUGAAUACCCGUAUACCCUCGAAGAACUGAUGGUGGUGCUUCCAGAGUACGUCAAAGUGCCGUGCUCCUGCUACAGCAACGACAGCAGCAGCGACAGCGGCUCGGCCAAUGCCAAAGGCAGGAGCAGCUACUCCUGCAUGCAGCACCAACAGCUACAGCAGCAGCUGCAGAUGCAGCACUGGAGAAGGAUGCGAGGCUUGCGUGUGGAUAUUAACUUCCGCCCGACAAUACCUCAUUGCUCUGAAGUGAAAGGUUUCGCUCUGUUUCUUGCUGCUGCUGUUGCUGCUUCUACUGCUGCCUGCACACCUUAA